AUGGUUUUUGCUUUCUUAAGAAAAUCUAUGCGAAUGAAAGAGAAAGAAAUUGGGAUGAGCCGAAUUGUCACGCUGAUCGUACUAUUGCUACAAAACGUUUUUAUACUACAUGAAACUAGUGCUAGUGAACGACUUAGGACAAUCUCUCCAAAUUUAAAGUCAGUCAAUAGCUCAACAGAAGUUUAUCGUGAGGCACAAAUUCAGUCGACAGUAUCAUCUGUUAAAAAUGAAAAUUGGGAAGUUGGUUUAAUUCAAAAACUGCGUCAUUUGCAGAAGAAAGUUGACGAAAUUCUACACUGCUGCAAAAACAAAUGCUCUGGGAAAAAUGACACUGCGAUGGAGGAAAUCUGCAAUGAGAAAUUAACGACACAAACAACAGCGCUCAGGUCAAAAACUGUAAAAAUGGUACUUCCGUUACGGAAAUGUGUCCCAUGUCCUUGUCCAACAACUCCAACAACUUGUCCAGUAAUGCCUGUUGAUCAUUGCCCAUGCAGUGUAAAAGUUAACCAGCUCUUACCAUGCCCUAUUGCUCUAGGUAUAUUUCAAGCAAAAAAUCGGCGUCGAAAGAGGCAAAUGACAGAAGUGAUAGUACCACUAGACGACAAACUAGCAAUUGAGUAUCUCCGGAAACUCGGAUAUGUGGAAGAAUUUAACUUAUCAUCUGCAAAUAUUUGCCAUCCAACAAACUUGCUGGGCAAUGUUUUAUCUCCAGAUGAGAGAAGCGCAGCAGUGAUACCGAUACCAGUGCAACCAUUUCAGGGCGCACUGUCCGUUCAUCAACAAAUACCCGUUGAACUUCUAGCAAACUCCAUGCCACAGCAAUUUGCAUUCGGUGGAAUAAGUGGCGUACAAGCAAUGAAUCUUCCACUUACUCCUCAAGAGCAGGUACCUUCGGGGUCAGCUGAACAACCUAAACUGAAAGAUUUGCUUGCAUCUCCAUCUGACACUCGAUUAAAGAUGAAUGAAGAUUGCCAACCUUCUGGAAGGAGAAAAUCUGCAACGGCUACAAGAAGCAGAAUUACGUUAAUUACGUUUGCCGUUAUUGUCUGGAUAAGAUCACAAGAACGCGCUGUAUAA